UGACCAUUGAAUACGUGGCCUGUGAACAGUCCUGGUUAGUGGCGACAGGCAUAUUUAAGUGAAUGAAUUGUCGUCUUUACUCGUUUGAAUGAUAAUAUGUGAAUGAUGAAGUGGUCUAUAAGAUUAGUAUCAUUUUUCCUAAUCGUUUGUUGGAGCCAGUGCGCGAGGGCCUACUUUAUCACAGUAGAUGCCCAUGCCGAAGAAUGCUUCUUCGACAAAGUUGAAUUUGGAACCAAAAUGGGUCUCACCUUUGAGAUCGCAGAGGGUGGAUUCUUGGACAUUGAUGUAAAGAUAAUCGGGCCCGAUGGCAAAGUAAUUUUCCAAGUCGAGCAAGAGACUAAUGGGAAAUAUACGUUCGCUGCCCACACAGCAGGCGUGUACACCUAUUGCUUUAGUAACCAAAAGAGUACAAUGACACCGAAGGUUGUAAUGUUCAACAUGGACAUAGGCGAAGCUCCCAAGCCUGCUGGUGAGAAUGGAGAGCACGAUGGCGACACUGCUAACCAUGGAAAAUUAGAUGAUAUGAUUAAAGAAUUAAGCACUAGUUUGUGGGGCGUAAAGAACGAGCAAGAAUAUAUGCAGGUACGGGACCGAAACCACAGAGCGAUUAAUGAAAGCACAAACUUUCGAGUUGUUGUAUGGUCCUUCUUUGAAGCGUCAGUAUUGGUCUGCAUGUCCUUUGGACAGGUGUUUUAUUUAAAAAGAUUUUUCGAAGUUAGAAGGGUAGUGUAAUACAUUCUUUCUGUGCACAAAGAGAACAAUCAGACCUUCAUCGUUAACCUCUCAUGUAAAUCAGGUCAAAUAAAAUCUGUCUUAACGACGUCAUCGACAAGAUUCAUCGAUA